AUGGCGGGAGGAUCUGGAUCAAAUAGCCAUGUUGAUACGUUAUCAACAAACAUCAGUAUUCCACAACAACAAGAUCAGAGAAGAAGACAAUCCAUUCUACUUUUAUCUGAAUCUAUCGCUAGCAGAAGGUCAUCCAAAGUCUCCAGGGAUGUCGGUGCCGCUUUGAAACUAGAGAGUGCUGGUCAUAGUCCCAAAUUAGGGAGUAGUAUGGACUCAAGAGUGCUUAUCGAUGCAGGGUCUCCGAACUUCAAGACUCGAAAAAGAGGUCAACAAGAAGAAAUCAUCAAUAGUCUGCGUGCCAACUAUCUGAAUGAUUACAUGCAGCCAAGAAAAGUCGAAGCGGGCUCCACAGUCUCGGAUCAUCCCGCUCAACCUGAAGAUAGCCAUUUCAUCGAUACUUUAGGAUCGCAAGAAACUCCUGAAAUCCCAGAACGCGACCUUAAUCUGGAGAGUCAAGGUGGACACAUCACUAGAGAGCUAUAUCUCAUGACCUCACCGAAUAAUGGUCUGAAGAGAACGAUGUCUGCAAGUAAUCUCGAAAUCGCAGAUCAAAAUUCAAGACCUGGAACCACAGCAAGUGCACUGAACGUACCUGGUGGAUUUCGUCGAGAAUUCAUCGUUCAGCAACACAAAAAUGGUAAGGACACCAAACCGUCAGCGGGAAGCGAUAGUGGAACCUGUCUUUCUGACGACAUCGAGUCUCAAUCAACCGAUCCCAAUAACCUAGACAAAGUCCCCUUUUUGACAAGGAAUUUUCUGGAGUUUCUCUACGUGUACGGUCAUUUUGCCGGUGAAACAUUCAAGGAAGACUUGUAUCCCGAGGAUAAGUCCGGGUCUCCCGACAUAGAUGAACGGAGUCCUUUGUUGACGAGGGGAGCAAAUUCAGUCCCCGCUAAGAGGCUGGUUCCAGAAUCUGCCAAGGGCACAACUUCCACUGCGAAAGCUUUUCUUCUCAUGAUCAAAUCCUUUAUCGGAACAGGCGUUUUGUUUCUUCCAGCUGCUUUUGCAAAUGGAGGUUUGGUGUUUUCUGCUGUAAUGCUGACAUUUUUUGGAUGCUACUCGUUUUGGUGCUACUACAUUUUGAUUGAGUCCAAAAUAAGUGCCAAGGUUUCAUCCUUUGGUGACAUUGGGCAAACUUUGUAUGGGCCCUGGAUGAAGUUCAUCAUUCUUUUAUCCUUGGUUUUGACUCAACUGGGAUUUUCAGGUGCCUACGUCAUCUUUACGGCCAAAAACUUGUUGGCUUUCAUCGAUAGUGUAUUUCAUUGGCCCAAAGUCACCAUAAUUCAUCUGCUGAUUCUCCAGCUAAUAGUUUUCGUGCCACUGUCAUUUAUCAGAAGCAUAUCCAAAUUGUCAUUGCCAUCUUUGGCUGCCAACUUUUUUGUCAUGGGAGGUAUUUUGAUCGUCAUAGGAUUGACCGGGAAGCAUCUCUUCAUUGAUCUCGGUGGAAAACCCGCGGAUGGCAUCACAAUGAUAUUUGAUCCCAAUCGGUGGACUUUAUUUGCGGGCACUGCCAUUUUUGCCUUUGAAGGUAUCGGCUUGAUAAUACCCGUGCAGAGUUCGAUGAAGCAUCCUGAGAAAUUUCCUUUGGUCUUGGGUUUGGUAAUAACUACUGCCACGGUUCUUUUCGUUGCGGUUGCCACUUUGGGAUACCUCAGUUACGGCAAAGAUAUCCAAACCGUCAUUUUAUUAAAUCUUCCCCAAGACAACAUUUUGGUGAACUUGAUUCAAUUCUUUUAUUGUUUAGCUAUAAUGCUAUCCACUCCCUUACAGUUGUUCCCAGCAUUUGCUAUUGUGGAAAGUAAGGUAUUUCCCAAGUUCACCAAGAUCUACGUCAGACGUAACAACCGAACAAAUGUUCAGUACAAACAGAACUCAGGGAAACUCGACUGGCGUGUGAAGUGGCUCAAGAACUCGGUACGGUCUGUUAUUGUAGCGGCCACGGUAAUGGCUGCUUACUGCGGUGCUGACAACCUGGACCAAUUUGUUUCGAUCGUUGGCUCGUUUGCAUGCAUCCCAUUGGUUUAUAUCUAUCCUCCGCUAUUACACCUGCGAAGUUGCAGCAAGCCUAAAUGUCAGGGCGCCAAGAGUUUCUGGGAAAAAUGGCCUGUUUUGCUCGACUACACACUAAUUGUCUUCGGGACAAUUGGCAUGGUAUACACCUCAUACCAAAGCAUCAUGACAUGA